AUGCCCGCCCGCGCCCCGCCGUGCCGCCUGCGGGCGUUGCCUCCGCCGCCGCCGCCGCUGUGGCUGCUGCUGCUGGCCCUGGGCGGCCGCCCCCUGAGCGCCGAGCCCGGCGACGGCGCGCAGACCUGGGCCCGCUUCGCGCGCCCUCCGACCCCCGAGGCCGCGGGGCUACUCCACGACACCUUCCCCGACGGCUUCCUCUGGGCCGUGGGCAGCGCCGCCUACCAGACGGAGGGCGGCUGGCAGCAGCACGGCAAAGGCGCCUCCAUCUGGGACACGUUCACCCACCGCCCCCCGGCGCCUCCAGGCGACCCCGCGGCUGCCGGCUGGCCGUCGGGCGCCCCGUCGCCGCCCCCGCCAGCCACCGGGGACGUGGCCAGCGACGGCUACAACAAUGUCUUCCGAGACACGGAGGGGCUGCGCGAGCUCGGGGUUACCCAUUACCGCUUCUCCAUCUCCUGGGCGCGGGUGCUCCCCAAUGGCAGCGCCAGCGCCCCCAACCGGGAGGGGCUGCGCUACUACCGGCGUCUGCUGGAGCGGCUGCGGGAGCUGGGCGUGCAGCCCGUGGUCACCCUGUACCACUGGGACCUGCCCCAGCGCCUGCAGGAUGCCUACGGCGGCUGGGCCAACCGCGCCCUGGCCGACCACUUCAGGGAUUACGCCGAGCUCUGCUUCCGCCACUUCGGCGGCCAGGUCAAGUACUGGAUCACCAUCGACAACCCCUACGUGGUGGCCUGGCACGGCUACGCCACCGGGCGCCUCGCCCCCGGCGUCCGGGGCAGCCCGCGACUCGGGUACCUGGUGGCGCACAACCUCCUCCUGGCUCAUGCCAAAAUCUGGCAUCUCUACGAUACUUCUUUCCGCCCCACUCAGGGAGGCCAGGUGUCCAUUGCCCUAAGCUCCCACUGGAUCAGUCCUCGAAGAAUGACUGAACACAGCAUCAAAGAAUGUCAAAAAUCUCUUGACUUUGUCCUGGGCUGGUUUGCCAAACCCAUAUUUAUUGAUGGAGACUAUCCUGAAAGCAUGAAGAAUAACCUUUCAUCUCUUCUGCCUGAUUUUACUGAAUCUGAGAAAAAGUUCAUCAAGGGAACAGCCGACUUUUUUGCUCUUUCCUUUGGCCCAACCUUGAGUUUUCAACUGUUGGACCCUCAGAUGAAAUUCCGCCAACUGGAAUCUCCCAGCCUGAGGCAACUCCUUUCCUGGAUUGACCUUGAAUAUAACCACCCUCAAAUAUUUAUUGUGGAGAGUGGCUGGUUUGUUUCAGGGACCACCAAGAGAGAUGAUGCCAAAUAUAUGUAUUACCUCAAAAAAUUCAUAAUGGAAACCUUAAAAGCCAUCAGGCUGGACGGGGUGGAUGUCAUUGGGUACACGGCCUGGUCACUCAUGGACGGCUUCGAGUGGCACCGGGGCUACAGCAUCAGACGUGGACUCUUCUACGUCGACUUUCUAAGCCAGGACAAGAAGUUGUUGCCGAAGUCUUCAGCCUUGUUCUACCAAAAGCUGAUAGAGAACAAUGGCUUCCCUCCUUUACCUGAAAACCAACCCCUAGAAGGGACAUUUCCCUGUGACUUUGCUUGGGGAGUUGUUGACAACUGCAUUCAAGUGGACACCACCCUGUCUCAGUUCACCGACCCCAACGUCUACCUGUGGGACGUGCACCACAGCAAGAGGCUCAUCAAGGUGGACGGGGCUGUGACCAAGACGAGGAAAUCCUACUGCGUGGACUUCGCCGCCAUCCGACCCCAGAUCGCCUUACUCCAGGAAAUGCACGUGACGCACUUCCACUUCUCGCUGGACUGGGCGCUGAUCCUGCCGCUGGGGAACCGGUCCCAGGUCAACCUCACGGUCCUGCGGUUCUACCGCUGUGUGGCCAGCGAGCUGGUGCGCGCCAACAUCACCCCAGUGGUGGCGCUUUGGCGCCCGGCCGCCCCCCACCAGGGACUGCCGGCCCCCCUGGCCCGGCAGGGCGCCUGGGAGAACCCCCACACCGCCCUGGCCUUUGCCGACUACGCCAGCCUGUGCUUCCAAGAUCUCGGCCGCCACGUCAAGUUCUGGAUCACGAUGCACGAACCGUCCACGCGGAACAUGACCUACAGCGCGGGGCACAACCUCCUGAAGGCGCACGCGCUGGCCUGGCGCACCUACGAUGAGAGGUUCAGGCGCUCACAGAAAGGAAAAAUAUCCAUCGCCCUGCAGGCGGACUGGAUAGAACCCGCCUGCCCUUUCUCCCUGGAGGACCGCGAAGUGGCCGAGCGAGUUCUGGAAUUUGACAUCGGCUGGCUGGCCGAGCCCAUUUUCGGCUCUGGCGAUUAUCCACGCGUGAUGAGAGACUGGCUGAACCAGAGAAACAAUUUCCUCCUCCCUUAUUUCACUGAUGAGGAAAAAAAGCUAAUCCGGGGUUCCUUUGACUUUUUGGCGUUGAGCCAUUACACCACCAUCCUUGUAGACUGGGAGAAAGAAGAUCCCAUAAAAUACAACGAUUACCUGGCCGUGCAAGAAAUGACCGACAUCACCUGGCUCAACUCCCCUGGGCAGGUGGCCGUGGUGCCCUGGGGCUUACGCAAGGUCCUCACCUGGCUGAAGGCCAAGUACGGAGACCUCCCCAUGUAUAUCACAUCCAACGGCAUCGACGAUGAUCCGCACGCAGCCCAGGACAGCCUGAGGGUGUAUUACAUGCGGAAUUAUGUGAACGAAGCUCUGAAAGCCUAUAUAUUGGAUGGUAUCAAUCUUUGUGGAUACUUUGCUUAUUCAUUUAACGAUCGCACAGCUCCGAAGUUUGGCCUCUAUCGUUAUGCGGCAAAUCAGUUUGAGCCCAAACCGUCCGUGAAAUAUUACAGGAAAAUUAUAGACAACAAUGGCUUUCCAGGGCCUGAAACUCUGGGAAGAUUUUGUCCAGAAGAACUCACCCUGUGUGCAGAGUGCAGCUUUCUUCAUACCCGAAAGUCUCUCCUGGCUUUCAUAGCUUUUCUACUUUUUGCCUUUGUUAUUUCUCUUUCUCUGAUUUUUUACUACUCUAAGAAAGGCAGAAGAGGUUACAAAUAG